AUGUUUCCCCGGACUUUUCCUGGUCUCCUGAUCUCAUGGGCGGUCAUCUUGCUGUCCCUUCAACUCCUGGACGCCUCAGUUCAGGGUUCAUGCGUGUCGGCGGACAGGGAGGACACCGACAGGGAUGUCCUGGAGCCAGAGGACAAUUAUGGUUAAUUCAUCAAGCGAUCGUUUGACUUCGUGGAGUCGGAGCCAGUCUGCCCGUUCCAAAGCCGCUGGGUGCCCCUGACGCAUGCACGUGACGUACACAACAGGCUUGUGCACGUCAUCCAGCCUGGCAACUUGAACGACAGCACUGCCCAGUGGUUCCGCACAGUCACGUGCAAGGAGGAGGACAACCAGUACGAGCCCAGCUGCCCCAUGUGCUGUCGCGGGAUCGACUCCAGGAGGU